UGCAGUCUUUGCUGGUUAGGUUGUCUCGCGUUGAGGGCUUUGGCGCGCCGUGCCGACGCCACCGCCGCAACACGCACCCAAAAAUCCUAAUCCUCCUCGCCGCCGGCGACCAUGGUGUCGCAGCAUGGCAUCCUCCUCGCCGCGGGCCUCAUAUCCGACCACUUCGGCCCCCUCGUAGCGAAGGUGUGCGACUGCCUCCUCCGCCACGGGGCGCUGCAGCUGACGGAGAUUGUGCGCCGUCUCAAGCUCCCGCAGGGGCAAGUGAAGAACUCUCUCCUCGUCCUCAUCCAGCACAACUGCGUUCAGGCCUUCUCAUCGCCCAGAGGCGAUAGGACCAUCACGCUCUACUUGGCCAUCUUCGACAAUGUCCUGCAUCGGCUGCGCUUCUCAAAGUUCAUCUCUGUUAUCCGCGCGGCCAUUCCAGAGUCAGAAACUCUUAUUGAGGGAUUGCUUCAGAAUGGUAGGCUAACAUUUGACCAACUUGUGGGACGCACAAUCUCUAAAGUGCCAGAAGGCACCAUCCGACCAGCAAGGGAAGAAAUACGAAUGAACUUCAACAAACUUGUGUAUGCACGUUAUGUGGAACGCUGCCCAAAAGCUGAACCCUAUUUCAAUCCACAGGAAGAUGAACAAUCUACAGCUGCAAGGAGAAGAGUUCCAAAAACUGCCGAGGAGGUUCUUUCACUUAAGCAGAAAGUUGUCAAUACUGCAACCCUUUCUGACCCAGAAAGGUUUUCUGAGAUCCCAUACGGCAUGGAGGAUGCAUCAAAGGCAAAUGAUUGUCCUCAUAACGCUGUUGCAGGUGCUAAGCGGAAACACGGAGCCUUUGAGGUAGAUGAAGAGCUCAACUCAACUAUUGCAGAGAAUGAAGUACUUUGGCGGGUAAAUUUUGAGAAAUUUAUAUUCUGUCUAAAGAAGAAGUUUUGUGCAGACCGAAAGAAACCAAAGCUGAAGGUUGGCACACAUCCUAUCUGGGAGUCAUUUUUCGAAGCUAACUUAACUGACAAAGAUACAAACUCUGUGACAUCAUCAACAAAUGGUAUUUUGGAGAAACUAGGACAAAAGGAAGGAACUGCAGCAAUGACAAUUGGUGACAUAAAACCAGUCCUGCUGGAUUUACAGUGUACUACUUCCGAUGGGGAAGAAUUUACUUUUGAUUUACGCAAAAUGGUUGAAGCAUGUAGAAAUGAGGAGAUAGAGUCGCUUGUGAAAAAGAAAUACGGGCAAGAAGCUUUUACAAUCUUUAGGCUAUUGGUCACACAAGGUUGUGCAGUUGAGACAGAUCAAAUUAUUGACACAACAAUUCUUGACAAGCAGAUUGUUCAUUCAACUUUGUACAAACUAUGGAACGAUGGCUACAUAGAUACAGAGAAAAUCGCUUCCGCAGCAGGAACAGGGUACGCACAGUUUUUCGUAUGGAGAGCCAAAAAUACAUUUCGUGAGCAGUUCAUCGAUAAUCUCUACCAUGCUGCUUUGAACUUGCGCCAGAUGGUGAAUUACAUUGCUGAACUUCUGCUCGAGGGUUCGAAGGACGAAACAAAGCUGCGGAACAGAAAGAACAUUCUGAUCCUGGCCCUCACGAGACAUGAUGACUCUCUCAUGCUGUUCCAUGAUUUUUGAAAACACUGGAGCCGGUCUUAGUCCACCAUAAAUGUAGAAAGUAAACCAGACUGAAGUUGGAUAACUGAAUUAAUAUAUCUUUGGCUCUUAGCUGAUUUCACCUAUGGGAAAUUCA